AUGUCGAAACGUUCGUCCAAAGGUGUGAAGAGAUUUUCAAAGACAACAACACCUCUCUCGAUACCACUCUUGGAUUAUCCAAGUCAUGAUGAUGACACGACUUUUGAUCAUAAUAACCAUCUCAACAACAAGAAUUUCCAAUCAUCAUCCUCACCCUCCUCCUAUUCUCAUCAACACCACCACCACUCCUCUUCCAAUUCUCAUCAUCAUCAUCAUGAACAACAACAACAACAAAUAACACAGCAACAACAACAACAAUACACCUCUUCCCCAUACUCUCACACACUCUCUCAUCAAAUCAUAAAAAGCACAUCCAUCACCAUGUAUGAAUCUAGUUCGAUUCAACACUUUCUUUACAUUCUAUUGAAUAUAUUGACACUCGGAAUGAUUCAUAUCAUGUUCAAUGAGAGAGUGAAAUGUACUUUGAGAUUUAAAAAAACCAAUCAUGUCAAGAAUGCUCAAUGUGUCUUGAUCUUUCAUAACAAUGAAUAUACGAUAUGUCCAUUGAAAAAGAUUAUACUACCAAAGAAGGUGAUGCAUCACUUUGAAUCUUGUCAAGAUGGUUCUCCUAAUACUAGUACUGGUAUGACUGGUACUGGUAUGACUGGUACUAUACCUAAUAAUAAUAAUAAUAAUAAUAAUACUAAUAAUAAUAUUAACAAUACUAUGAAAGUAUCAACAACACCACAAUCACACCCACAACCACACCCACAUCAACAACAAUUCAUUCACUUUCAAUAUCAAUAUCAAAGAUACAUGUAUUUACAUGAAUCUCAACAAUUUGCACUCAUUGAUUCCAUUCCACUUUUAUAUUUAUUACAUGAAUACAAGUCAAAAACAAUGCAUACAGGUUUAGAUUCACAUACUCAUCUUCAACGAUUGUUUUUAUUUGGAAAUAAUUUUAUUCACAUCACAAGUACUAAAUUUAUGAAAGUAUUUCUGAAUGAAUUAUCGAAUAUCUUUUAUCCUUUCCAAUUUAUUACUCUAUUGUUUUUAAUAUUUAUUCGAGGAUAUUAUUUUUUUAGUGCCAUUCAUGGCUUGUGUUUAUUAUUUUCAUUCGUGUGUGCAAUUAAAGUACAUCCACAUCGAAGUAUUACUAAAAAAGUAAAAAAAGAAUUAUCUUUAUCCUAUGAAUAUACAAGUGAAAUUAGAGUAUUGAGAGAUUCACAAAUAUACAUGGUUGGAACAUCAAAUCUAGUACCAGGUGAUAUUAUUAUAUUGAAUAAUGUUACAACAGUACCAUGUGAUUGUAUUUUAUUAUCAGCACCGAAACGAAUGUUAUUAUGUGAUGAAUCAACAUUGACAGGAGAUACUGAACUCUCACACAAGAUACCACUCGAUGUUGUUGAUAUUGUUGCAGAAAGAAAUCUUUCAAAGAACCAUCUCCAUUCAACAAGAAAUUCCAUGAAUCAUCAUCUCCAUUCAACAAGAAAUUCCAUGAAUCAUCAUGAUUCAACAACAGAAAGAAAUGAUAUGAAUCAUCAUUAUUCAACUAGUAGUAGUAAUCACUCUAUUGAUCAAUAUCAUGUAUUGAUUGGAGGUACACGAAUUGUCAGAGAGCAACAACAACAACAAGACACGAAUGGAAUGGUAUCAUUCGAUGAAUCUACACGAACAACAUGCUCAAUUAAGGCACUUGUCAUUCGAACAGGUUUUCAUACAGUGAAAGGAUCCAUCAUUAGAAAUAUUCUACUAGAUGCUGAAAAUCAGCAUAGUCAUCAGUUAUAUGGUGGUAGUGGUAGUGCUGCUGCUUCUGACACUCACAACCAUACCUCUACAUCAUCAUCACACUAUUAUUUCAACAAUGCUCAAAAUAAUCAACAACAUUUGAAUCCUCUCAAUACUCACACUUUGAAAUCUAAAAAAAGAAUUAAUAAUUACAUGAAUGAUUUAUACUAUCUCAUCUAUACUCUAGUAGCACUUGCUUUUAUUUCUCUCAUCAUUCUAUCGUUAUAUUUUGGUACAUUGUCCUAUCAUAAUUAUGCAAAUAUUUUCAAUAACAUUGAUGAAAAGUCAUUUAAUUUAUUUUUAGAAAGUAGUGAAGAUUCAUCAUUUAUUGGUUACAUUUCCAUUGUAUUUAUUUUUAUUAAUAGUGUUCCACCUUAUUUAAUAUUUAUUGUAGUGACAUUACCAAUGAUAUUAACCAAUCGAUUGUUAUUUAAAAAACAUAUCAAAUCUAUUCAAAGUAUUGAUAGUAGUUUAUUUAAAUUUGGUUUAAUUGAUUUGAUAUGUUAUGAUAAGACUGGUACUUUAUGUGAAUCGAACAUGUCCUUAUUUGGAAUAGUGACAUGUCAUGAUUUAUUACAUCCAACCACUGAUCUUGUAAAUUUGAGUGAAGAUGUUACCAAUUUAUUAGCUUCAUGUCAUAAUUUAUAUUCGAAAUAUGAUAAGGAUACGAAUAGUCAAGUCUUGAUUGGUGAUACCAUUGAUCAAGCCUUAUUAGAAUUUACAAGUUAUGAAUUGAAAACAUGUUCAUCCUUGAGUCAAGUCAUGAUGACUCAAGGGUUCAAUCUCAUUCCACCUGCUCAAUUCCGUGAAAGAGGUUCCAUUCAUAUUUCUAAAAAUUAUCCCUUUUCUUCAACACUUAAAAGACAAUCUGUACUCAUGACCUUUCCUAAAAUGGUAGUCUAUUCGAAGGGUAGUCCAUCGAGUAUCAAAUCCAUAUGUUCUCAUCAUACUCUACCUCCUAAUUAUGAUCAAAUUGUACAAUAUUAUGGAUUACAAGGAUUUAAAAUAUUGGCAAUGGCCAUGAAGAAUAUUUCCAAUCCUUAUAUGGAAUCAUCAUCUCUGAGACGUUUCUCUUCACCACCAUUACAACAAGAACCAUUACAACAGCAACCACCAUUACAACAGCAACUACAGCAACAACAACCACCACCACAACAACAAGAACCAUUACAACAACAACAACAACCAUCAUCAUCACUGAAUACUUUAAACUCUUCCACGAGUCUUGAUCAAAGAGAAGAUGUUGAAAAUCAAAUGACAUUUCUUGGAUUUAUUUUAUUACAAAAUCGAAUGUAUCCUCACGUUAAGAAUGAAAUUAAACAUUUAGAGAGUGUGAAUCAAGUGAAAACUAAAAUGAUCACUGGUGAUAAUAUUUACUCGAGUAUUUAUAGUGCCAUGGAAUGUGGAAUGAUUGAUAGUGAUACAGAACAAGUAUAUUGUGCAUUUUAUGAAAAUCAUACGAUUGAAUGGAAGAGUGUGAAUGUGGUUCAAUUAUCGAAACGGAAUUCUUCAAUGAGUUUAAUGAAUCAUACACGAAUGAGUGAGCAUUCUACUACAUUGGAUAGUAAUACUAGUAAUGGUCAUAAUAAUCAUGGUUUUGGUAAUAAUAGUAAUACUAAUAAUAAUAGUAAUACUAAUAAUCAUCAUGGUUUUGGUAAUAAUAAUAAUCAUGACAAUGAGAAUGGUAAUCAUACUCAUGAAAACAACAACACUCCCAACACAUUCAUGAAUGACAUUUUUACUCAUAAUGACUCGAUGGAUCCUUUCAUUUCACCUGUUCCUCUUCCUCCUCAGUGUGGAGGUAGUGAUCAUGAUGAUGAUGAUGAAUAUGAUCUCUCAUCCAGUCAUCAUAAGAGAUCUUUUAAAAAUUUAUUACUUAAUAGUGUGAGUAUGGCUCAUUCCAAUCCUGAAAAGAAGAUUGCACUUGCAAUGACUGGUGAAGCAUUUCAAUAUUUGAGAAGUCAAUUAUUAUCUAAUUCAUAUCAUUCAUUCUCUGAAUUAUUACCAUUCUAUUCUCAAUUACUGUGUCUAUGUCAUAUUUAUACAGAAAUGUCACCUAAUCAAAAAGGAUAUCUUGUGAGUGAUUUUAAGAAUUAUUUAGAUCAUAUUGUGUGUAUGAUUGGAGAUGGAAGUAAUGAUUCAAUAGCUAUGAAUUGCAGUGAUGCAUCUAUAUUUAUUUCAAAAACUAGUAAGGGUGAUGAUCAUACUAGUAAUAAUUAUUAUAAUAGUAGUAAUAGUAGUAAUAAUAAUAAUAAUUAUUAUAGUAAUAGUAAUAGUCAUCAUAAGGGUCAUGAAGUACCUCAGAAAAAACGACCAAGACAAGGAAAUUCCAAUGAACAUUCCUAUGCUGCACAAUUUACAGUACCAUUAGAAGAUAUUUUGAAGAGUUCUAUGGAAUCCACCACUCCAAUCAAAACCUCUUCCUCAUUACGAAAGAAGAAAUUCUCUGAAAAAAACAUGACGAAAGAAGUAGACCAUCAUCAGGAAGAUUCCAUGGAACACUUCGACAAUUCUAGAAUGAAUCCCAUAUCUCAUUCGAAUCACUCCUAUGUCCAAUUGGAUCAUCAUCACUCGACCACAACGUCAACAUCCAUCUCGCCUCGACAUUUGAAUAACAUUACCACACAUCUCAUUGCCAUCGCACAAUUAAUGCUUGACAAGAUUCAUAUCAAUAGCAAAUUCAUUCUCGUAUUCAUUUAUUUACAAUUUAUUAUAACAUGUCAUGAUGUGAUUAUUUACGGUUAUGAUAUGAGUGAAAGUAUGACCAUAUAUACUCAUAUAUUCAAAGGCUUGUUAUUACCAAUUUUAUUAUCAUUGAAUCCAGUAGUCUCUGAUUGUGAGAGUAAUAUCAAAUAUAGACCAUCCAAAUCCAUCAUUAGAUUUCAAUUACUAUUUACAGUAUCUUUACAAAUACUCUAUCAAUCUAUUGUAUUUUUUAUAGUCAUAUUUGUAUUACACUCACCUUAUAUACAAAUGCAACAAUCAUUAAUAUUUCAAUUCUCCAACUUCCAAUAUAUGAGUGUUGCCAUGUCCUAUCAAUUGACUUACUAUUUUAGAACAAGUUCAUUAUUUUCCUCAAUUAAGAAAUCAUUUAGAAAUUAUACAUUUUGGAUGAUUUGGUGUCUUUUAUUCAUUUUGGAUUUUAUUAUUUUAACUCCAUUCCCUGCAUCAUUUUCCUUUGAAAAUUAUAUCAAGAUGUUAUUUAAACUUACGAAUUUAUUUGUCGAUGAUGUUGCUAACAAUGAAGCCUAUGUUCGAACUGGAGGUCGUGAUUAUGUGUACACAGAUCAGAGAGACAUUGAAAAAUCAUAUUAUAUGAUUCUCAAACUCGUAAUUUUGGGAGUCAUGUUCGUGAAUAUAUUUGCCACUGCAUUGAUUGAAUGUUGUACAACAUGGGCAUACAAAUUUUACAAACAUUUGACAUUCUCAAAUCCUUCUCCUAAUAGUGGAAUGACAUGGAAACGAUGUGUCGAUUUAUUUAAGAGUCAAGAAUACAGCAAUCAACAACAUCCAUCAUCAAGUUCAUCCACUAUGAUCAUAAUACCAUACUUGACAAGGAAUUUCAAGGAAGAAUAA